AAAAAAUAAACAUCGAACUAGCAUUUCCUCCAAUAAUCGAUAUGAUCUAUCUAAAAAAUCAUCUGAUGACAGAAUUCCUGCGAGAGCACCAAAUGCUUUUAUAAUUUAUCGUAAAGUCUAUGUCGAAACAGCUCGCGAACAUGGUCAUUGCCUGCCAAUGACCACUAUAUCUACUAUGGCUUCACAGAGUUGGGAAUCUGCUGACGAGCAAGUCAAGGAAGAGUAUCGUCGAAUUGCUAAAGAAGCUUUAAAAAUUC